CAAUCAGUGACUGUGGAGGCUGUUUUAAACUACCGGGGCCGCUAGCCAAUCAGGCCGGUCUCGUAUCGAGCUAGCGCGAGGCUGUGUACAUAGCUUUUAUAGCGAGAGGACUCCGAAGCGCACUGCUACGUGCGGAGAAACAGCACAGGAACAAAUUAAUUUCAGAGAAAUAAAAUCCACUGAGGAGAAUGGCAAAGGGCGACCCCAAAAAGCCGAAGGGCAAGAUGUCCGCCUAUGCCUACUUCGUCCAGACAUGCCGUGAGGAGCACAAGAGGAAGAACCCCGACAUUCCCGUGAAUUUUGCUGAGUUUUCCAAGAAGUGCUCCGGCAGAUGGAAGACCAUGUCCCCGAAGGAGAAGUCCAAAUUCGAGGACAUGGCGACGCAGGACAAAGCCCGCUAUGAGGAGGAGAUGAUGGCCUACCCUGUUGGCACAAAGGGCAAGAAGAGCAAGAAGGACCCCGCUGCCCCCAAACGGCCCCCGUCUGGGUUCUUCCUGUUCUGCUCUGAGUACCGUCCCAAAAUCAAAGGCCAGAACCCCAGCCUGGGGAUUGGUGAGGUGGCCAAGAAGCUUGGGACCAUGUGGAACAACAUGACCGACGCUAACAAGCAGCCGUACCUGGCCAAGGCUGGCAAGCUGAAGGACAAGUACAAGAAGGACAUGGCGGACUACAAGCACAAGGGCAAAACCGGUGCUGCGACAGCUUCAAAACCUGCCUCAAAGAGCAUGCAGGAUGACGAUGAUGAGGAAGACGAGGAGGAGGAGGAGGAAGAGGAGGAUGACGAUGACGAUGAUGAUGAAUAGAUGUGUUCACAGAUGGAUUGUCACGGGUUUAGAAAUGUUGGCGGUGCAAUUUUAUUAACUUCUCCCAGGUUUAGUUUGGACUCGGUCUGAUGUGCUGAGAUGAUUACAUGAUGGAAGCCACUUGACAUCCCUAUUCAGCUUGUUGGUCGUUGCUGUUCAGUGUCAUCUUGACACGUUUUGGUUUUUUUAAUUUGCUGACUAUAGCUGGUAGCGUUUAAAUGAGUUUCUUUAAGAAAGCUGUUUGAACUGAUUUACCUUUUUUCUUGGGUUUUAAAAUUGCACAGGUCUAGGCUGUAGGUGUGUUUAAAAAUAUCAGCAGUAGCUAAGCUUGACUCGGAGCUGUUGGGUGAAGCAGACUGGUUAGAAAUGGCUGACUUGCUUCAUGCUGUGGGCUUCUUGCUCAUGUAUUGUAGUAGCCUGUGAUGCUUUACUUGGGGUGUGAGUUGUUGGCUGCUGAAUGGGAAUUUUUAACUCUGAAACCCAUCAACUGACAAGUGGAAAGCAUUAAUAGUGGCUUUGGAAAAUCUUAUUUUGCAUCUGAGAUUUAUUUUUUUGUAUAUUUAGGGAUGGUAUGGUGUUUUGAAAUAAAGUUGCAUUUUUAGACUUA